UGAGUACUAAACACGGAUUAGUAUAAUCCGUGGUACUAAAUUAUUAUAGUCUUAUAGAGUUUCUUUAAUAGUUCCAUAUCAGAAUUUUUAUCUUUAUUCAUCUCUGAAGUUCAGUGUUCACCGGCAUUUGAUCAGUUUUUUGAAUCCUGUUCGACUAUUCGUAAUUUAGUUCAAUUAUUUGACUCAAAUUUUCAGUUUAUAUUUUGUUCCCUGUCAAAUUCUAAUUCGUAUUUUCGAUAAAUUGUAUUAAACACAUGUCACAUAAAGUAAUAUUAAUAUGAUGUCGUCCAAAAAUUUUUUAGAUGUCGAUGAGUCGAUCAUUGAAAAAAGCCUUUUAAUUCAAACCAACGAGGAACAAGAAUUCGAACACUUUGUGAAUGGUUUCCUUAAUCCCGAAUCAGGCAAAUUGGUUAAACCAGCUCCAGGACUUUGUAUAAAAUUAUUGAAAACUGAUAAGUCAAAGGUAUUCAUAAACCUCUGCCACCAUCCAGAUAUUCCACCUCCAGAUGAUAUUACAAAAGAAGAACUUGAAGAAGUUUUCAAUUCUAAGGAUCCUGAAAAAUUCUGUAUUCCCUUAAGUAUUGGUAUAGAGCACCAAGAAACUGAUAAGUCUAAUGCUCAAGUUAAUGUUUACGAUGUAGCAGUCAAUUCAGAAUUUUUCAAAAAGUGUCAAAAUGAUGAUGUGUUUCAAACAUUCAUUGUUUGUGCGUCGAUAGAGGGAGUUGCUGAAAAGUUCAAAAUCGAUAUAAGCUCAGAAAAUCCAAUUUUGUUGAAGAAUAGGAAAUGUUUGGGAUCUUUGCAGCAGCACAGAAUUCAACAACGACCUCCUAGGCCAUCAACAUUUAAAAAAAAACCUCUGAUUCAAGAAUUAAAUUCAAAAGCAACACUUUCUCAGUUAGACAUACAUGUCAAACCUGAGUAUAAGAUGUAUGUACAACCAGAAGAUAAUCCAAAAAAUAUCAUUUUAGAUGUCUGUAUGCCAGAUGUGCAUACUUCACAAGAAAUUGAUUUAAAAUGUGGCGAAGACUGUCUACUGUUAACUACAAACAAACAAACAAAAUAUGAGUUGGAUAUUUUUUUACCAUAUACAAUAAAUCAAAAUGAUGUCAAUGUAACAUUUAAUACUAUGACUAAAAUUUUAUCAGUUAUGUCAACCAUUAUUCCCAGCAAUUGAUUUUCUUAUAUAAAGUAUUAUAAUACUUUUCAAUUUUGUGUUUCUAUAAAUUGAUGUAUUUUUUUUUUGCACUACAAAUUAUUCUAGUUUAUGUACA